AGUUUAGUUCCUCUUGUUGUGUCGACAAAGGUAUUCUCUUCUUUUAAAUAUUCAAUUUUUAAUUUUUGGAAGAACUUUAGAUGAUUUAAGUGAUAUUUAAGUGAAAAGAUUUAAUUAAUUCAUUUUUGUGAAAUAUUAAUUUUCGAUCAAGUUAUUAACUUAUUUCUCAGGCACUGUUUUCCUUAAAUUCUUAGAGCUUUUUUUUAACAUUUUAUAUUUAAUUUAUUCUUAUAGAUUUCGAGAAAUAUUUUUCCCUUAAUUGAGAAUAAAAUUUUAAUUUUAAUUUAUAAGGAAAUUUAUAUUUAAUUCAUUUAAUAAAGGGGACUUUAUUUUAUAAAAUCUCUUUCCUAAUUAAUCACAAAAACGAAAGAAUAAGCAACAUUUCCAUGAUAUUAGAACAAUUUCUUUUUAACAAUCCUAAAAGCAGGAACCAACAUGAAAGGUCUCGUGGUUGUGCUUCCCCUCGUUUUGGGUGCAUUCUUUUGCUUCCAAGUAAUUCAAAGUGUACACGUUGAUACGGUGUACAGCUGGAGUCCAUUUGUAUUUGAAAAUCUACCCCAUAAAGAACAAGCUCUUGUGGAUGGACACCAUCAGUACUACAACAGCUGCAGCAUUCUACCCUACGGUCUCUCCUACAACAGGCCUAAGGAAUGUAUCUUCUUUGCUAUCCCAAGAAGAGCUCACGGGAUUCCCGCAACAGUUGCCUUCUUCAAUAGAAAUCAAUAUCCUCACGAUAAAUCCCCACCACUUUGUGGAUUCCCCACCUACGUCCAUAACUAUGUCCCAGGAUGGUUUGGUGUGAAUGAUCUUCCAGCUGAUGACUACAAGUACAGCAUUUAUCCAGGAUAUACCAAGACAACACCUUAUCGCAAAUCUCAUCACUUUGUAUCCGUCGUGUAUACUGUUAAGUCUGCAGACUGUGUACGCCUGUACUUUGUUGAUACGGGAACCCUUGAGUACCCAGAAGGAAACAUCUGUGUUCGUCCACCAAUUCUUUGGGGCUUCAGCAUUGAAGGCUGCAGUGAACAUGAAUUCGACAAACCACCAGCAUUCAAAGUCUCCGUGCCUGAGAAUGUUUACAAGGACCCAACUGGCUUUGGAGCCUUUGAUGUGGACACGUACGGAAAUUGCGAAGAAUUCGCCAUUUACCUACCAAACUACAAAGACAACAAGAUUGUGGUUUAUGACAAUGUUAAGAAGAGCUUCUGGUACUUCCAACACAAAACCUUCAAUCCCUUGGCUGAAGCUGGCUACCUCAAUGGCUACAAUGCUCCUCAUGAUCAUCUCAAUCUUGGUGUUCUCAGCGUAAUUGUGGGACCUGAGCAGAAGGGUUACUGUGACGUGUACUAUGCUCCUGGCUCCAGUUGUGGACUCUUCAAGACCUCCUCUGUGGCUCUGCGGGAUUAUUCUCAAGCUCCUGGAAGCCCCACCUCACCCGCUUUCAACUUCCUCGGCUACCGUUCACCCGAUCACGGUUCUAUGCUUCUCUAUGACUCCAAAACUAACGUCAUCUUCUCCGACUAUUGGCUAUCCAACAGCCUCACCUGCUGGAACAUCAACAAACCCCUCGAUGAACACCACGUUGUCACCCUUUACAAUGAUCUCAAAUACGGAGCUGAUCUUUCCCUUGAUCCCGACAGAAAUCUCUGGUUCCUCCUCUUGGCUACCAAUGCUAAUCCCAUCUCUGAGCGACACUGUGUCCAUGAAUACCUGUACCAACUCUACAAGGUCAAUGUGGAUCAACUUAUUCACGGAACUGCUUGCGAUCCUCACUAUCAUGGAUAAACUAACUUUUUCUUUCAACUACUACAGAAACUCAAAAUAUUUUGCAAAUAAUUUGGAUUUUUUUAAAACUAAUUCUUGAAUUUGUUCUAUAUUAAUUUUUUCUUGCCUCUUUUCAAUUAUUUCAAUUUUUCUUUAAAUUAUUUUAAUUUUUCUUCAAUGAAGUUUUAGGGAAAACUUUCCCUGUAUUCCAAAUAAUUUUUUUUUAAUAGAGAAGUUGCAAAAUUUAAUUCUUGAUGUAUUUUUUAAAAGCAAAUAAAUAAAAAAUGAGCAAUUUA